AUGGAGAUUCGUGCUGGUCAUGUUGAGAACGCUAGACAACUGUCAAGUGCGGUCAGCAGUGUCAAGAGCAGCUUGGAGGGCGCUUUGAGCACUGCACUAGGUCUCACAUCGACAUCUAUGGCAUCACCCUCUAAGCCUACGACUUCAAUGAUGUCAACCACUUCCAAGGCCUCCUCGGUUUCGCCAACCUCCACAGUUACCCCUGUCUUGCCACCCAAGAGCGGAGCUGCUGGUAGAGAGGUUACCAGCGUCUUAGGUUUGCUUGGAGCUCUUGCUGCUGGAUUCGCUGCUGCUUUGUAA